AUGGCGGUGUGCCCCAGCUCAUGUGGCAAGCGAGCCUGCACAGACCAAAACGAGUGUUGCCAUCCCGAGUGCUUGGGGAGCUGCACGGCGCCCGACAACAACACCGCCUGCGUGGCCUGCCGCAACUACUACUACGAAGGAGUCUGCAUGCCCACCUGCCCUCCCAACACCUACAAGUUUGAGGGCUGGCGCUGCGUGACUAAAGAGUUUUGCUCCAAGGUCCCUGCCACCGAAACAAGUGAAUACGAGAGGUUUGUGAUUCACAAUGAUGAGUGCAUGGCAGAGUGCCCCUCUGGAUUCAUCCGCAACGGGAGCCAAAGCAUGUUCUGCAGUCCUUGUGAGGGGCCUUGCCCCAAAAUUUGUGAGGAUGGGAAAACGAAGACCAUUGACUCUGUCACCUCAGCGCAAAUGUUGCAGGGAUGCACAAUUCUCAAGGGAAAUCUGCUGAUUAACAUCCGUCGCGGAAAUAACAUCGCCUCAGAACUGGAGAAUUUUAUGGGUCUGAUCGAGACAGUAACGGGGUAUGUGAAGAUUCGUCAUUCCCAUGCCUUAGUGUCCCUCUCUUUCUUGAAGAACCUGCGGUAUAUUCUGGGAGAGGAACAGGUGGAUGGGAAUUAUUCCUUCUACGUGCUUGACAACCACAAUCUUCAGCAGCUGUGGGACUGGAACCAUCAUAACUUGACAAUAAAGGAGGGGAAAAUGUACUUUGCAUUCAAUCCUAAAUUGUGUGUUUCUGAGAUUUACCGUAUGGAGGAGGUUUCAGGAACCAAAGGACGACAGAGCAAAGGGGAUAUAAAUCCCAGGAACAAUGGGGAGAGAGCCUCUUGUGAAAGCCACAUUCUGCAUUUUGUUUCCAACACUACGCUCAAGAAUCGGAUUAAACUAACAUGGGAACGGUAUCGACCUCCGGAUUAUAGAGAUCUCAUUAGCUUCACUGUUUACUACAAAGAAGCACCAUUCAAAAAUGUCACAGAGUACGAUGGGCAAGACGCAUGUGGCUCCAAUAGCUGGAACAUGGUUGACGUUGACCUGCCACCGAACAAAGAGAACAAUCCUGGAAUUCUACUACAGGGAUUGAAACCUUGGACUCAGUAUGCCAUUUAUGUCAAGGCUGUUACCCUUACGAUGAUGGAAAACCAUCAUAUUCAUGGAGCAAAAAGUGAAAUUGUGUAUAUACGAACCAAUGCUGCAGUGCCAUCCAUUCCCUUGGAUGUUAUUUCAGCAUCCAACUCCUCAUCCCAACUCAUUGUGAAAUGGAAUCCUCCUUCUCUUCCCAAUGGCAACCUCUCGUACUACAUCGUACGAUGGCAGCAGCAACCUCAGGACAGUUACCUUUACAGACACAAUUACUGCUCCAAAGAUAAAGUCCCAAUUCGAAGAUACGCUGAUGGGACCAUUGAUACAGAAGAAGCUACUGAACCCACCAAGCCAGAGGGCUGUGGAGGGGAGAAAGGACCUUGUUGUGCUUGUCCCAAGACAGAGGCAGAAAAGCAAGCUGAGAAGGAGGAAGCAGAGUACCGGAAAGUCUUUGAGAACUUCCUUCACAACUCUAUCUUUGUUCCCAGACCCGAUCGGAAGCGGAGGGACGUGUUCCGAGUCGCGAAUGCCACUUUGGCCACUCGAAACAGGAACGCGACUGGGAUGGAUCACUUCACCAAUAUUUCUGACGCAGAGGAGAACGAGGUGGAGUACCCGUUCUUUGAGACCAAAGUGGAUGGCAAGGAGAGAACUGUGAUCUCCCAUCUCCAGCCUUUUACUCUUUACCGCAUCGAUAUUCACAGCUGCAACCACGAAGCGGACACACUCGGUUGUAGCGCUUCCAACUUCGUCUUUGCAAGAACCAUGCCUUCAGAGGGAGCAGAUAACAUUCCAGGAACGGUAGCAUGGGAAGCAAAAGAAGAAAACACUGUCUACCUGAAGUGGUUAGAGCCUGCAAAUCCAAACGGGCUGAUACUAAUGUAUGAAAUCAAAUAUGGGCAGCAUGGAGAGGAGAAGCGGGAAUGUGUUUCCAGACAGGAAUACAAGAAGCUUGGGGGAGCUAAACUAACUCACCUGAACCCUGGAAACUAUUCUGCUAGAGUUCAGGCCACUUCGCUAGCUGGAAAUGGGUCAUGGACUGAGCCAGUCUCCUUCUAUGUGCAGCCCAAAUCAGCAAACUAUGGAAACUUCCUGCACUUGAUAAUUGUGCUCCCUAUUGCUUUCCUGCUCAUCAUUGGCGGGUUACUGGUAAUGCUGUACGUCUUUAACAAAAAAAGGAACAGUGACAGACUGGGCAAUGGAGUACUUUAUGCUUCUGUGAACCCCGAGUACUUCAGUGCUUCAGAUGUGUAUGUUCCAGAUGAAUGGGAGGUGCCCCGGGAGAAGAUCACCAUGUGUCGGGAGCUUGGGCAAGGCUCCUUUGGAAUGGUGUACGAGGGAAUAGCCAAGGGGGUGGUGAAGGACGAGCCGGAGACCAGGGUGGCCAUCAAGACUGUCAAUGAGUCUGCAAGCAUGCGUGAGAGGAUAGAGUUCUUAAAUGAAGCCUCGGUGAUGAAGGAGUUCAAUUGUCACCAUGUGGUUCGGCUGCUUGGUGUUGUUUCUCAGGGCCAGCCUACGCUGGUUAUCAUGGAGCUGAUGACACGUGGGGACCUCAAAAGUUACCUGAGAUCAUUGAGGCCAGACACAGAGAAUAAUCCUGGCCAGGCACCUCCAACUCUGAAGAAGAUGAUUCAGAUGGCAGGAGAGAUUGCUGAUGGGAUGGCAUACCUCAACGCCAACAAAUUUGUUCACAGAGACCUUGCUGCGAGAAACUGCAUGGUGGCAGAAGACUUCACAGUGAAAAUUGGAGAUUUUGGCAUGACGAGAGAUAUCUACGAGACGGAUUAUUAUCGUAAAGGAGGAAAAGGUUUGCUGCCUGUCCGCUGGAUGUCCCCAGAAUCACUGAAGGAUGGAGUCUUCACAACGCACUCCGAUGUCUGGUCUUUCGGUGUUGUACUAUGGGAGAUUGCGACGUUAGCGGAGCAGCCGUACCAAGGCAUGACCAAUGAACAAGUGCUCCGCUUUGUGAUGGAAGGAGGUCUGCUGGAAAAGCCAGACAAUUGUCCCGAUAUGCUGUUCGAACUGAUGCGCAUGUGCUGGCAGUACAACCCGAAAAUGAGGCCCUCCUUCCUGGAAAUAAUCGGUAGCAUUAAAGACGAGCUGGAUCCAGCGUUCAAAGAGGUCUCCUUCUUCUACAGUGAAGAGAACAAGCCUCCGGAUACAGAGGAGCUCGACCUGGAGACUGAAAACAUGGAGAGCAUUCCCUUAGAUCCCUCCUCCACCCUCCAACCCACUGACAAGCACUCAGGACACAAAGCCGAGAACGGCCCGGGCGUGGUGGUCCUUCGGGCCAGCUUCGAGGAGAGACAGCCGUACGCACACAUGAACGGGGGACGCAAGAACGAGAGGGCCUUACCGUUGCCCCAGUCGUCGGCCUGCUGAUCCUUAGAACCUGAAUCUCACAGAAAGAAAAGGCAGUAAACAAACAAACAAACACACACGUGCAUUGGGGGAAGAAAGAAAGAAAAUUACAAUAUAUUCAAAAGCCUACUGUACCUCAGUGGAUCUUCAGAACUGCCAUAGCUGCACUUGGGAGAACCCUUUUUUCAGUCAAAAAGUUACCGUAUUUUUCUUUUUUCAAUAUGCAAGCAGAUGUUUGUUUCAGUAAAGGACUCCAUUCAUGGGGCACACAGUUGGCCUUUUAAAACUCUAAUGUUAACACUUAAUAGCAACAGAAAACUUGAGAUCUGAUGUCUCUCUCUCUCCUCUCUCUUUCUCUUUCUUUCUGUCUCUCUCUUUGCUUCAUAAUGGGAAACAUAUCUGUGUGCAAGUUCAACCGUACAGCACUUUUAUCAGAUCAAAGAUAUCGCGGGCCAGGUGACUCCCUGGUACCCUUGCAAGUACCUGCCUAACACUGUUGGUCUUUAU